AUGUUCCGCAACGCCCUCCGUCAGUCGACGCGUGCUGUCGGCGCCGUCAGUGCCGCCAGCCGAGUCUCCAUCCGAAAUGCCGCACCCGCCAUCACCUCUAUCCAGGCCCGUACCUACGCCGAAGCCAAGGCCUCUUCCAGCGAGGUCUCGUCUAUUCUCGAGCAACGUAUUCGUGGUGUUCAGGAGGAGGCUAGCCUCGCUGAGACCGGCCGUGUUCUGUCUAUCGGGUAUGUAGAGGAAAUUAAGCCCAGUGCACCAAGGAGUCGCGAGAGGCCCGACCAGCUCCAGCUGCACGGCACUGGUAACAACGACAUAAGCGACAUCGUUAAACCCCUAAAUGCUACGCUGAUGAAAACUAACCAAACAAUCAAAAGGUUCGCGUCUGGCGUCAAGGGUAUGUGCAUGAACCUCGAGGCCGGCCAUGUCGGUGUUGUUUUGUUCGGUUCCGACCGUCUUGUCAAGGAGGGCGAGACUGUCAAGCGUACCGGCGAGAUUGUGGAUGUUCCUGUCGGUCCCGAAAUGCUGGGUCGUGUUGUCGACGCUCUCGGCAACCCAAUUGACGGCAAGGGUCCCAUCAACACCAAGGAAAGACGUCGUGCUCAGGUCAAGGCCCCCGGUAUUCUGCCUCGCAAGUCCGUCCACGAGCCCGUCCAGACCGGCAUGAAGUCGAUUGACGCCAUGGUCCCCAUUGGCCGUGGUCAGCGUGAGCUGAUUAUCGGCGAUCGCCAGACUGGCAAGACCGCCGUCGGCCUGGACACCAUUCUCAACCAGAAGCGCUGGAACGACGGCGCUGAUGAGAAGAAGAAGCUCUACUGUGUCUACGUCGCUAUCGGCCAGAAGCGUUCUACCGUUGCCCAGUUCGUCAAGACUCUUGAGGAGAACGACGCUAUGAAGUACUCCGUCGUCGUCGCCGCAACUGCCUCCGAAGCUGCUCCGCUUCAGUACAUUGCGCCUUUCACUGGUGCUUCGAUUGGCGAAUGGUUCCUUCAGAAUGGAAAGCACUCCCUUGUGAUCUUCGACGAUCUGUCGAAGCAGGCUGUUGCUUACCGUCAGAUGUCCCUGCUCCUCCGUCGUCCUCCCGGACGUGAGGCUUACCCCGGUGACGUUUUCUACCUGCACUCUCGUCUGCUCGAGCGUGCUGCCAAGCUCAACGACAAGCACGGUGGCGGUUCCAUGACUGCCCUGCCCAUCAUUGAGACCCAGGGUGGUGAUGUCUCGGCCUAUAUUCCUACCAACGUCAUUUCCAUUACCGACGGCCAGAUCUUCCUGGAGUCCGAGCUCUUCUACAAGGGUAUCCGCCCCGCCAUCAACGUCGGUCUCUCUGUCUCUCGUGUCGGUUCCGCUGCCCAGCUCAAGGCCAUGAAGCAGGUCGCUGGUUCCCUGAAGCUGUACCUGGCCCAAUACCGUGAGGUUGCUGCUUUCGCCCAGUUCGGUUCCGAUCUGGAUGCCGCCACCAAGCAGGUCCUGGCCCGUGGUGAGCGUCUCACCGAGCUUCUCAAGCAGAAGCAGUACUCGCCCAUGGCCGUCAACGAGAUGGUUCCUCUCAUCUUUGCCGGUGUCAACGGUUACCUCGAUACCGUCCCCGUCAACCGCAUUCUGGAGUGGGAGGCCGACUACCUUACUCACCUGAAGACCAACGAGUCUGAGAUCCUCGCCACCAUUGACAAGGAGGGUGCCAUCAGCAAGGAGCUCGAGGCCAAGUUGAAGGAUGUCACCAAGUCCUUCAUCCAGAGCUUCCUUAACUAA